UGGUAGAAAACAUGUGAACAAGUGACAGUCCUUAAACCUCAGUGCUGCUGUUGAGUCUUCCCUCCUUCCAAGUGACUCAAAAGUGACGAGUCCCCAUCGUCCAAUAAACUCCGUUCCGAAUACCUCUCUUUAUGUUUAUCCUGGGGCUAUGUAAUCCACUCUUAAGUAAUAGAAGCGACAAGGCUAUCGAAUUUCAAAUAAAUCCCCAAAGCACUGGAAACGCUUCUCCGCCAAUCAAAGACAGCGGUUUAAGGGAAAGAAUGUCACAAACACGAAACGAAAAAAUGAAAAUCUUGUGCUUGAUUUUUAUACUGCUGAUAGGAGUAGCUAUUAUCAAAGCUCAGUGUCCACCUAAAGAAUUGGGUAGGAAUUGUGAGUGCACACAUGGCGUCUUCUAUGAAGGGAAUGGUACUAAAGUUGAAUGCUGGUUUAUAAAUAGUACCGAGGGCAUAAAAGAAAUUCAAAGAUUCCGUGGAUACCACAUAGAUUUUUUGAAGCUAAAACAAAUUCAGCUUCCUUUCUUCCCCGCUGGUCUUUUUUCUGGUAUGUCAGUGAAACGACUGUACCUAGAAGACAGCAACCUAGAUAAUCUUUACUCAGUCCAGAAUUACAAACCAUCCCCAUUUGAUGGACUUGAAGAUUCUUUGGAAGAAGUAUAUAUUACUUCUACACAAGAUCCUUCGAAAUGGUACUGGCCUGAGGUAAGGAACUUGAAGAAGUUGAAGAGGUUUGAAAUCGUCCUAUCUCCCAUUGAUUUCGUCGGACAUGAGUUUGCAGAAAUAGGAGGUGGAUCAUUAGAAAGCAUUACAGUAGCAUACAGCAGGGUUUACAGAAUUCAUCCUCAGGCUUUCCCUGAGCUUAUUAAUCUCAGAGAAGCCAAUUUUGCCGGAAACUAUCUUCCUUAUUUGGUUAGAACCAUGUUUGCUAAUCCCGCUCCUCGUUUAGAAAAGUUGGACUUCAGGAACAAUAAACUCUUUACAUUGCCAGAAGAUAUGUUCGAAAAUAUGCCAGCUCUAAAGUAUUUAGACUUAUCUGCUAAUGAAUUUAGAAAUUUUGAAAACAUUGUUUUUGAUCCUAUUUGGAGCCAGUUACAGUCAUUCUAUAUUAGCGAUAACCCUUUCAAAUGUGGCUGCAGUCUCCUGCCAUUGAAACAAAAGUUGAUUUCUGGUUCUAGUCCACAAAGAAAUGACCUUGGAGAUGUCAAGUGCAUAAAUCAUGGUGAUAACAAAAAAACCUUACUCAAAAAUCUGGACGAAAAUUAUCUCCAGUGCUCAUAAUAAUUUAAGACAACAUCUAAAAGUAAGCACACUUUAUUAUCAUGUAAACAAUGAAUUCAAACAUAAACACUUUUUAUUUCGAUGAAUAUACUUAAUAUGCUACGAGAAAUAAAUGCAUCAGUAAAUACAAUCUUUUCUUAAUGCAAAGAUUGGUGUUUUACUGAUUGUAAACACCAAAACAGCUAUUUUUCUUAUGGAAGAGUAUGGUAAAUCUUUGUAAAAAUGAACAAAUAAAUAACACUUUAGUUCA